UUUUUUUUUUUUGUUAUGGAGACUACUUGUCCUGUUUUAAGUGAUGGUACAUUAGCCAUUCACUGGAUCUUUAAUAUUUUUGGUCAAUGUGUUUAUGGAUGGCAAGAAUCAAUUAGUUUAUUGUUUGGCUAUCUUUCUAUUUUUUGUUGGCUCAAUGCACAAAUGCCUCAAGUGAUCAAAAACUACAGAUUGCGUGAUGCAGAAGGCCUUAGUUUUACUUUCCUGACUGUCUGGUUAGCGGGUGAUGUUGCCAAUUUCAUCGGUUGCAUUAUUACCGGCCAACUUCCUUUUCAACUUUAUCUAUCCAUUUAUUAUACCAUUAUCGAUACUAUCUUAUGCUUCCAAUGGCUUUAUUAUGUUAAAUACACUGACAAUCGCCUUCGCCGUUGGUUUGAUGGUCAAGAUGAAAUCAAGCCUACACCAACACCUCCUGUAGACAACGUCAUUGGUGAACGCAUUUAUACUACCUAUAGUACAGGUGGUGGAAAAGAAAUCAACGAGCAAUCUUCUCUUUUAGGUUCUUCACCUCAACCCAAGAAAUAUGUCACCAUGAUGCUCUUUUUUGGCUUCCUAACGCUCAAUGGCUUCACUUCCGAUGCUAGUCUGACGACACAAGAUAUGAUGAUCACAUCUCACCAUGAAGACAAGACUAUCUGGGUAGGCCGUUUUUUUGCCUGGCUCUGUACUUUUCUCUACCUUUCAUCUCGUUUACCUCAAAUCUAUCAAAACUUUCGUCGUCGCUCUGUAGAAGGAUUGUCGAUGGCUUUAUUCUUUUUUGCUGCCAUGGGAAAUUUGACCUAUGUACUCGGUGUCUUUACCAAUCCUCAUGCUACUCGUGCUACUAUGUUAGAAGCUGUUCCCUUUCUUAUCGGUAGUGCAGGCACACUUAUCUUUGAUGCUACUAUUUUUGGUCAAUAUGCUAUGUUUAACAAGAACAGACCUCACCAAGAAACACCUGUUUAGAGAUAUACCCCCAUUCCUCCUUAUUUUUUUGUACAUACACACCUUAUAUAUACCA